CACCCAAUUAAGCAAAAGCAGCUGAUUUUUGGAGGACUCGCUACACAGCACACCACCACAACUCUACCCCACCGCUCUUUCCUUCCAUCAUCAUUAUCAUCAUCAUCAUCAUCAUUUUUUUUCUUUUCACAAAAACCCCUACACUUCCCCCACGCAUUCAUUCAUUCAUUUUCGUUCACACUUCUCGAAAUUUCAUCAUCAUAUCAUUCAUUUAUAUGCAGUCAAUGAUAUUUAAUUUUUAACUCUCUCUCUCUCGCUCUCUUUUUCUCUCUGCGUGUAUAAACUUUAUUAAAAUAUCACCUUUUGUGUGAUUUGCCUACCUUAUCUCCGAAACGAUACUGACACUUGUACAAUGGCGAUUUCCGAUACGCCGGAAAGCACCGGCACAACAGCGACUGCAUCGGUCACCACCACCACGACUACGACUACGACGACGACGACGAUCCCUCAGGUCGGCUCGGAUGUUCGAAGGAGGCCUAGCGCCACGGUUGUCAGGGAAGUGUCGGAUUCAACAUCCAAAACCAGCUCACCGGAAUCUUCCGAUAAUUCGGCCGUCAGAGACGACGGGGAGAGCUGCGACGAUGAUAGGAAUCGGAGUACCGCCGUAAUUGAGUCGGCAAAGCCGACUACUAGUGGAAAUGGCAGCGGCGGCGGCGGCGGUGGUGAUAAUAAGAUUGGGAACGUUGACGAUCGCGGAACUGAUUUUGCUGCGGUGAAACUCGCGUAUCGGCCAUCGGCUCCGGCACACCGGAAAAACAAGGAGAGUCCGCUUAGCUCCGACGCUAUCUUCAGACAGAGUCAUGCAGGUCUCUUCAAUCUCUGUAUAGUGGUGCUUGUUGCUGUAAAUAGCAGACUUAUCAUCGAGAAUCUUAUGAAGUAUGGUUGGUUAAUUAGGACUGGUUUUUGGUUUAGUUCAAGAUCGUUGAGUGACUGGCCCCUUUUUAUGUGUUGUCUUACACUGCCAAUAUUCCCAGCUGCCUCUUUUAUUGUGGAAAAGUUAGUACAGCAGAAGUAUAUCUCUGAACCUGUUGUUGUUUUACUUCAUAUAAUCAUCACCACAGCUUCAGUUUUGUAUCCAGUUUUUGUUAUUCUAAGGUGCGAUUCUGCUGUUUUAUCUGGUGUCACGUUGAUGCUCUUUGCCAGCAUUGUAUGGUUAAAAUUAGUGUCUUAUGCACAUACAAGCUAUGAUAUGAGAGCAAUUGCCAAAUCAAAUGAAAAGGGGGAUGUCCUGGCCAGUACUCUGAAUAUGGAUUGUUCUUACUGUGUUGACUUCAAGUGUUUGGCUUACUUCAUGGUUGCCCCAACCUUAUGUUACCAGCCAAGCUAUCCUCGUACUGAAUGCAUUCGGAAGGGUUGGGUGGCUCGUCAACUUGUCAAGUUAAUAAUAUUUACAGGAGUUAUGGGAUUCAUAAUAGAACAAUAUAUUAAUCCUAUUGUCAAGAAUUCACAACAUCCCUUGAAAGGGGACCUUUUAUAUGCCAUAGAGAGGAUUCUGAAGCUUUCAGUUCCAAAUUUAUACGUGUGGCUUUGCAUGUUCUACUGCUUAUUUCACCUCUGGUUAAAUAUACUGGCUGAACUUCUUCAAUUUGGUGAUCGUGAGUUUUACAAAGAUUGGUGGAAUGCAAAAACGGUUGAAGAGUAUUGGAGAAUGUGGAAUAUGCCUGUUCAUAAAUGGAUGAUUCGCCAUAUCUAUUUUCCAUGCUUGCGGAAUGGGAUACCAAAGGGAGUUGCCGUUGUAAUUGCCUUCCUUGUUUCUGCGGUAUUCCAUGAGCUAUGUAUUGCUGUUCCAUGUCACAUAUUCAAGUUUUGGGCAUUUUUUGGAAUUAUGAUUCAGGUUCCCCUGGUUCUGAUAACUAACUACCUGCAGAAUAAGUUCAGAAACUCAAUGGUGGGAAAUAUGAUCUUCUGGUUCAUUUUCUGUAUUCUUGGUCAACCUAUGUGUGUGCUUCUUUACUACCAUGACUUGAUGAACAGAAAGGGGAAGCAUGAAUAAAACUAAUGACCCCCACGUUGUCUUUCUGUGGAUGAGAUUACUCUGGAAGUAAACUGGCUGUAGAUAUGGUGCUUAACAUUGUUCACUGUAGGGUAACCUCAUUUUGCAUCUGACAUGAUAUGCUGAUCUGGUUUAAAUUUCAUUUCAUGCCACUGCUUGCGGGGGAGGGGGGGGGGGGGGGGGGGUGGGGGGGGUUGAUUUCAUCUUGAGCCGUAUACAUUUUCCUCUUGAGAGAGAGGAUUCUUUGUUAAUUCAAAUUGGCUUUUGGAGCAAUUUUGAAGAACAAUGUACUAACAAUGACUAAUGCUACGGACGCUGUACUGGCUUAUUUUGUUGGAUAACUAUUAUAUGGAAAAUUGUAAAUGAUUUUGAGUUCAAAA